UGCGCAUUAUUUCAAUGCAGCAUGAAAAACACAUCAACUCAACAGAUUUCUUUGAAGAACCAAGGACAGCUCUCAACAGCCAAUAUGAUUUCGACCCUGACGAAGGAUCGCGUGCAGGCACUCAUGACUAGUUUGACAUCUGAAGUGAUGGACGUGCGUUUUCUUAACAAGAUGCACGACACCACUACAACUUUGCCGACGCCAAGUUUCAUGGAUAACGAGACCAGAUGCGGAGAGCCGAUUUUGAGUUACGGACAUGUUGAGAAAGUGCUCAUCGGAGGGGUUCUGACCUUGCUUACCUUUUUAACGGUUUGCGGCAAUUUGUUGGUGGUCAUAUCAGUGUGUUUUGUGAAGAAACUGAAGCAACCUUCUAAUUACUUAAUCGUUUCUCUGGCCGUUGCAGACCUGUCGGUUGCAGUGGUCGUAAUGCCGUUUGUCAGCAUCACUGAUCUCAUUGGAGGACAGUGGAUUUUUGGUCGUGUUUUCUGUAAUGUUUUUAUCGCCAUGGACGUGAUGUGCUGCACCGCUUCAAUAAUGACACUAUGUGUUAUAAGCAUAGACAGGUACCUGGGCAUCACUAAGCCGUUGACGUAUCCCGUGAGACAGAGUGGAAAGUGCAUGGCCAAAAUAGUGCUGUCUGUAUGGCUUCUCUCUGCUUCCAUCACCCUACCCCCACUGUUUGGAUGGGCUCAGAAUGUCAACGAUGACAAUGUGUGUCUGAUCAGCCAGGACGUGGGCUACACUAUCUACUCCACCGCCGUGGCCUUCUACAUUCCCAUGUCCGUGAUGCUCAUUAUGUACUACCGGAUAUACAGAGUGGCAAAGGUGAGUGCUGCCAAACACACAAUUGCUGGUUUUCCCAAAGCCGAAGACGAGGAAAGCGUGAACUGCGUGACUGCGGUCCUAAAGCUGCAGAGGGAGGUAGAGGAAUGUGUGAGCUUUUCUCGCCUUCUCAAAAAUGACCGUAAAAACAUCUCCAUCUUCAAAAGAGAGCAGAAGGCAGCAGCCACCCUCGGGAUUGUUGUGGGGGCUUUCGCCGUAUGCUGGCUGCCCUUCUUCCUGCUUUCCACGGCGCGGCCGUUCAUCUGCGGGGUGCAGUGUAGCUGCGUGCCUCUGUGGGUGGAGAGAACACUGCUUUGGCUGGGCUAUGCCAACUCGCUCAUCAACCCCUUCAUUUAUGCAUUCUUCAACAGAGACCUCAGGACCACCUACCACAACCUCAUCCGCUGCCGCUAUCGGAACAUCAAUCGCAAGCUAUCGGCAGCCAGCAUGCACGAGGCUUUGAAACUAGCUGAGAGACCUGACCUGGUGCUGUAGGCUGUCUGUACCCUUCAUGUCUCUCUAGGGACUGAUGCAGUCACACAGAGGCUGAGAGACGUUUUUGAUGAAUUCCUUAUUGUUAUCACAGAGGAGCUUUUCUGUCACUUCAAUUAAGUCAAAUUGCAAUGACUUCAAUUAAGUGAAAUUGGAACGGUUGUAAAGCUUCAUGAAAUGUUUUAUAAAAUGCUUUAUAAAUUAGAUCUUAUUGCUGUAAUAUGUGCUUGAUGAAGGAGCAAAAUAGUAAUCAAAAUCAAAGUGCGAUGAAUACACACUAUCAUGUUCGUAUUUCAUGAAGUAUUCUUUAUUGUUUAUUUCUGUGCUUAUAUGAGACCCUGGGCCACAAAACCAGUCAUAAGAGUCAAAUUGAGAUGUAUAUAUCUGAAUAAAUAAGCUUUCUGUUCAUGUAUGGUUUGUUAGGAUCGGACAAUAUUUAGCCUAUUUGAAAACCUGGAAUCUGAGGGUGCAAAAAAAAAUAGAGAUAUUGAGAAAAUCACCUUUAAAGUUGUCCAAAUUAUGUCCUUAGCAAUGCAUAUUACAAAUUAAAAAUGAAGCUUUGAUAUUUUUACCAAAAUAUCUUAAUGGAACAUGACCUUUACUUAAUAUCCUAAUGAUUUUUGGCAUAAAAGAAACAUCAAUAAUUUUGACCCAUACAAUGUAUUUUUGGCUAUUGCUACAAAUAUCCCUGUGCUAUACAUAAAUACAAAUAUCUAAAGUUGACAGAUUUUUAACAACAAGAGGGUGAGAAAAUAAUGACAGAAUUUUCAUUUUGGGGUGAACAAUCUCUUUAAGUUUCCAAGUACCUAAUUUAUAAAGCAUAACAGACCACUAGAAUAAAGUAUACAGUGUAUGAGCAAUCAUAAAGAUGUUUUGAACACUUUGUUGCAAUCCUGUCCCAUCUGCCCUCGAAAACACCAUCAGUGAUUACCACUAAUAAUGUGACAGCAAGCUGAGUUAGUCGUCACACCAAUAGUCGUAUUAUUAGAAGCAAGGCAUUUAUUGUCUUCUAGCUGUGAGAAAGACAGGGGUGGGCAGGUGCCUUUAAUUUCUGUCAGCAUGCUUGGCCAACAGAUGGUAAACAAUACAUCAACAUGUACUUAGUGGCUCUGCGGAUUCGACGUUCUUUGUUAUUAAACGUCUAUAUGCAUAUGAAGUUACAAUUAAUAUUGUAAGAAAAAGUACUGAAUAUGAAUGAUGAGUUGAGAUUAAAAUAGGUUGUUAAAAAUAUUAGAUUCGGUCCAACUCUGAGAAAACACAGCAGACUGCUCUAAUUGUAAUUCAGUUAAGCUACUGUAUAAUUAAAAUAAGAAGAAGAUGAAGAACUAUUAAAAUUAAAUACAAUAUUAUAAUUAAUUGUAGAAAUACUUUUUAAAGAAACUAUUACAAAAUAUAAACAAAUAUAACAAAAACAUACAAAGGUAAAUGCAUAGUAUAAAACCAAAGGAGCACCAAUGUUAACAUUGCAUUUCAUGGCCAAUAAGCAAUAAAUACAUAAUAAAAUAUAUAAUGUGAUAUAAAAAUAUAAUAGGUGAAAAAGUAGAUUCACUUUAACUGAGCGUUAGUUGACAGCAUAUCUAAAAUAAAGCAAUUAACAUGGAAAAAUAAAUAGUUAACAUUGACAGAUAAAAUAAAAAAACUUGAAUAUUGACCAAUACUAAAUAUUGUCCCUAUGCAUUCCUACCUAAAAUAAAUAAAUAAAUAAAAAUAAUAAUAAGCCUGAAAGAGAAAAGAUGGAAGUGUGUCAUUAAGAUGCUGAGGGAAACAAACAAACUGCUGAGGUCAAUUAAUUAAAUAGGAUUAAUUAAAAAAAAAACUUUUGUUUGUGCUUUAGUAUUUGGACACUUGGACUAUUCUACAUGAAUCCACAUUAUGCUUUUAUGAUUGGCCUGAUACUCAUUGUAUAAAGAUUUGAAAGAAAUGCUUUGAAUGCAUCCGUGGUGAGGAUGCAUAUUGUCCUUUGUUCUAUACAGAAAGGGAAAUGAAUGGGGAUGUCAUCAGCGGAAUGAGUCAAGUAUCUAAGACUAAAAAGCAAAGGAUGUUAGGAGUUAUUAGCUAGGCCACAUUGCAAAACAAGAAAGCUUUUCCAAGUGUUUCAGAGAAUCUAUACUGGUCAAGAGGUUUUGUUCUCAUGUUAUACCUGAACUGAACAUGAACGACUGUUCUUUAAAUUGUACCUUUUUCUGAAUGCUGUGACACACUGCCCUGCUGAGUCUUUCAGUCUUGUUUUUCCAUCUACGGUGGCACAGCAUGAGGGCUGGUUCCUGUCCAUUUACCAGGGGCUCUUUUGGAAUCAAUGUACCUGCAAAUAUAUUCAGAUUUAAGGCUUCAAUGUGACAUGCAAUAGCGGUGUACUCUAUUCACAGAAGACAUCUGUCAGUUUAAUAUUGUAAAUUACGAGGUUAGACUGUAGUCCUGUAGUUUAAUUCUAGACAUAUAUAGCAUCAUUUUAAAAAACUUUAACACUAGCAGUUAUCACUAUUAUAUGAGCUUUGAUAUGGUUUAUUGCUACUGAUGCCAUUGUUUUUCAUGUUCUCCAUGCAGUCUGGCAAAAAAUAAUAUGAAUAUCUGAACAAUAACAGUGUUUGCAAGGCAGCACUGUCUUGAUAUUUGUUCUUUUUUAAUGUGAUGUUGAAAAGUUAAUAAAAGUUCAGUUAAUUCAAAUUGUAA